GUUGUCUCAUUUGGCAUUCCGCUUGUGCAACUUCCGCUUUCCGCUAACGCGCAACUAACAGCAAGAUGUUGGACUUUUUCUCAAUUUUCAGCAAAGGUGGUAUUGUUUUAUGGUAUUUUCAAGGAACAUCUCAACUGUUUACACAACCAAUUAACGCCUUGAUCAAAAGCGUUAUUCUACAGGAAAGAAGUGGUAACAGCUCCUUUACUCAUGAUGCACUUACUCUCAAGUACAAGCUGGAUAAUGAAUUUGAACUGGUCUUUGUGGUUGGUUACCAGAAAAUACUCCAGUUAUCAUACAUUGAUAAAUUCUUGACUGACAUUCAGAUGGAAUUUAGAAAUAAGUACAAAGAUGUUCUACAGAACAAAGCAAAUGCUAUGGUUUGUGGUUUUGAUUUCGAUGAGACCUUCAACAAAAUGUUAAAGGCUCGGGAAGAGGAAAGUCGUAAAGAGGCCCAGGCGGGAAGGAAGAUGAGAACAUUUGACCAGUCUGACAAAUCCAAGAAAACUGUAGAUUCCAUGAUUGUGAACAAAAAGGAAGAGAAAAAAGCCAAAGGGAAGGAAAACAAACCUGUCAAAAAUGUAGGACCCAAGGAGCCAGAAAAGCCCGUGGAAUCUCCCAUCAAACCUGAAUCAAAUGUGACUGUUAAUGGAGAUGGGCUGGAUGAGGAGACGAUUCGUAAGAACAGGGAGAAGAUGUUCUCUAUGAUGAAUAGCAAGAAAAAACCCAGUAGCCCAGUUGCCAAAAAAGCAGAGGCACCCAAAAAGAAAGGCAAACAGGCCACCAAGUGGGACUUGAACGGAACUAACAGGGACAUGGUUAAUCUGGACUUCUCCAAUGCUAACGGGGCAGCAGAGGCAGCUGUAAAUGCUCAGAAUGAAAUGCCUUCACAAGAGGAGAUGGCUUGUGUAGGGAAAAUGUCUGGAGGCCUGAUGGACAUACAGCCAGAAUCUGAAGAGGAAGAGGAAGAAGAAUUUGAGGAGGAAUCAGCUUCAACCAGUAACAGCAGUGCCUCAGGAAAAUCUGGUGGAGGAAUGUUCAGCAUGUUCAAGAACCUAGUCGGAUCCAAAACUCUGACCAGAGAGGACCUGCAGCCAGCUCUGGAGAAAAUGAGAGACCACCUCAUUGCUAAGAAUGUUGCUGGCGACAUAGCUAUGAAACUGUGUGAUUCUGUUGGUGCCAAACUAGAGGGGAAAGUUCUUGGAACUUUUAGCACUAUAUCUAAUACGGUAAAGAAAACCCUAGAGGAGGCUUGUGUUCAGCUUUUGGUGCCGAAACGUAGAAUUGAUAUCUUGAGAGACGCAAUGGAGGCCAAGCAGAAGAGCAGACCGUUUGUCAUCACAUUCUGUGGGGUCAACGGUGUUGGGAAGUCGACAAAUCUGGCCAAGAUCUGUUUCUGGUUGGUGGAGAAUAAUUUCCGUGUUCUGAUUGCGGCUUGCGACACCUUUAGAGCAGGAGCUGUGGAGCAGUUGAGGACCCACACUCGUAAACUUAACGCACUCCACCCCCCAGAGGCUCACAGUGGACAGACCAUGGUGAAACUGUAUGAAAAGGGAUAUGGAAAAGACGCUGCUGGCAUUGCCCUGGAGGCCAUCAACUCAGCAAGGGACCUUCGCUUUGAUGUAGUAUUGGUGGAUACAGCUGGCAGAAUGCAGGACAAUGAACCUCUGAUGAAGGCUCUCUCUAAGCUGAUAAAGGUGAACCAGCCAGACCUGGUUUUGUUUGUGGGGGAGGCGCUGGUUGGAAACGAGGCUGUUGAUCAGCUGACUAAGUUCAACCAGGCCCUGGCUGACCACUCCAACAUGACAAACCCCCGCCUCAUCGAUGGCAUCAUCCUGACCAAGUUUGACACUAUUGAUGACAAGGUGGGAGCUGCCAUCUCUAUGACGUACAUUACGGGUCAGCCCAUUGUGUUUGUAGGCACGGGACAGACGUACACAGACCUGCGCAACCUUAAUGCCAAAGCUGUGGUCAACGCUCUUCUGAAGGCCUAGAACUGUGUUUAUUUCAUCGCGAUUUUACCAAGUGCAUUAUUUGAGUUUACCAGUUUUAAUUGUCAUCUUUAUGUAUACACCCACAUUCCUUCCUUUGCUUUAUUGUUUGGUGAGGAAGUGUCUCUCAAUAUUACUAGAGAUCUGUAUUGUGUCUUCUACAAUUAUGUAACGUUUGGUGACAUUCAGGAAUAUGUAUACCCAACCGAUCAGAAAAUCAAUAUUCAUUGCAACAUUUCAAUCAUGUGAUUUCCAUUUGAUAUUUUUAUUAUCUAUCAUCUCUAGUCAACAUUAGUUGCAUGUUUCAUACCUCUCUCUUGUUUUAUCUCUAAACCAUGCCAUACAAUCCUCCUGUGAUGGAGUUAUUGAUUGCAUUAUUCAUUAUUAUCUCCCUUUUUUCACCUUGAGAAUGCAUUUUUUUCCCAUUGUUUACAUUGUAAUAUAGUAUUUAUGAGAUUGUUGUAUGUUUUGUUCAAGAAUACUGUGGUUGUGGAGAGCAAGAUUUAUAAUAAAAUAAUUUAUACA